GUAAAGGGCGCCGUGUGGACCGUGGACGAGGUGGAGUUUUGCAAGCGACGCCCACAGAGAUCGGCUGGCCAGACGCGCAGCCCCACCCUGUCCAGCAGUCCCACCCUCUACGGGGACACCAUCAGCGCUGGGCUGCAGUCUGCCCUGGUUGACUCGAACCUGCCGUUCAUGACGAACGCCGCUGAGCGCCUGCGAGAGAUGAGAGAGCGCGAGGCACCCACUCUGCUGGGGCUGCAGCGGAGGUCCCCCAGCCCGCCCCGGCACAGGGCGCCCAGCCGGAGUCCCGAGCACGAGAUCCGGAUGCCGGUGGCCAGUCUGCUCAGCGACACCCACGGCCAGCACGAGUUCAGCGAGGACCCGCGAAGCCCAGAGGUGGACUCUCGCGACGGUGGCGCCAGUCGCGACGUCAUGGCCGCGCAACCAAACAAUGAUGCGGAGGACCUGAGCAUGCCGGCCGUGAAGAUGGAAUACACUGAGGGCGGCCAGUCGGUGCCGGAGGCGGCGAGCGCGUGAAGCCCCCCGGCCCCACAACGGCCGACAGGCGGAGCAGCUCUCCGCCCGCGGCGGAGCUGCACCAGCCGGCGUCGGCGGCGAGACGCCCGCGCGCGCGCCGAUGCGUCUC